AUGGAACCCGAGGGCUCCGACCACGACGAAUGUGAUGUGCCAAACAACAGCCUGGUCCGGCGUGCGUGCGACCAUUGUCGUGUCCGAAAAAUCCGCUGUGACAAGCGCUCGCCAUGUUCGAAUUGUCGCAGCUCGAACCUUGCGUGUCGAUCUACCGGCGAGGGUCAGAAGCCGCACCAGCCAAGAAGGCGAGUUCUGAUUUCCAGUCAAUAUGAGAAGAAGAUAGACUUGAUUGAAGAGCGACUGGGAAGCAUCGAAAAGGCCCUCUUUGAAUUGGUGAGGGCAUCCCGGUUGAAUGGGUCUAGUCAGCUCAAAACGGGAUCAUCUCAGCCAUCGCCAUUAUCUAGUGCUCAAGUGGUUUCUCCAUCGAUAAAACCUGAUCAUACCGGUCUCAGGGGUCCUGGCUAUACAUCCAACUCUACAAUUGAGCAACAUGAUCCAAGUUCCGGGUUUGAAGGGAACUCAUCGCUUGCUGCACACUCAGCCUAUGCAAAGGACUUUCUGGAAUCUGCGUUUUCGCAUAGUACACCCGAAGUACUAUCCAGUCCAAAAAUCAAUGAAGCGCUUUCCUCUCUACGGCAGAUUGUCGAGAUGCAAAACAAGCAGAAGGAGAUUGAUCCUCAAAGGGCCCAGUUCCCUUACCAGGAGAGCAGACUUCGUGCCCGUUGCGAUAUUCGUCAGCUAGAGCUCCCGCCUUUACCUGUUGUUUUGUCAGUUCUGCAGAAAGUCAAAGAAAAUCCACCAUCAUCAUUUGGUGGCUACAUUCCCUUUUUUGGUGUUGAGUACUUCAUCCAAAAAUGCCGAGAGGUCUACUUUCCUACGGACGAGUAUUCCGAUGCAGCGUUUAUUGCAGCCUGCUUUGGACUUUACAACGUUUUUAUUGAGUUGUCAUUUUCUGAGAAGGAACCGGCAACCCGCGAUGAGUAUCAUCGUUAUGUACAGAUGUGUAAAGAAAGCCUGGAGGCGGCGUUGGCAAACUUGAACAUUUUAAUGCCCGCAACACACGAGUCUAUUGUGGCAUUAUCACUUGGGACAGUGCAUGGAAUUGAAAUCUCAAAGCCAUCUCUAAGCUGGACCCUCGCUUCAACAGCCAUCAAUAUGUGUCAAACAUUAGGCUAUCAUCGCAUGUCGUCCAUGGAGCAAGACCCUCCCGAAGUCCAGAAACAAAAACAAUGUCUUUUUUGGUCUGUAUACACAUUAUUGAACCUACUGGCCUUGCGACUUGGUCGUGCAUCAGUCAUCCAGGACUUCGACAUUGGACUGCCCUCACCAUUUGAGACAUUUGCAUGCGAUGAUAUAUGGGGUAAGGUUUGUGCAUUGUGGACCAAACAAGCUAUGAUGCAUAAUAAGGUCUACACGACUUUGUACAGCCCCGCAGCCUUGAACCAACCAGAAAGCGUAAGAGUAUCCCAUGCUCGCAGUCUAGCCGCUGAGAUGAAUUCAACUAUUAUGGAGCCAUUUGAACGUAUCCUGUCCUCUGAUUUGAAUCUUUGCGAAGUGGAUAUUUUAUACCUCCGGUCCGACAAGGUCAGUCGACUGGCAAUUUUAACUUUAAUAUACCGUGCAAUUCCUGCGUCAGUUGGCACUGGCUCAUCCAGUACGUUCAUACCCGAAUGUAUCGAAACAGCUCGAGCUGCACUUGAACAUCACCAAAUAUGCUUUGCUGCUAUAGAAGAGAGCAAUAAGAUCAUUCAACGUUCAUACAUGCAUUGGGCAAUUCUGGUCUCCCCCUUCGUCCCUUUCAUUGUCAUUUUCUGCCAUGUAAUCGCAACAUCCGACAGCGAAGAUUUAACCCUCCUCGAAAAUUUCAUAGCGUCCCUCCGCACCCUCUGCUCAUUCUCACAAUCUGUCGAUCGCCUCCACAACAUCUGUUCUGUCUUUGGCACGGUCGCAAGACUAUAUGUCGAGGCCAAAACUCGAAGCCAGACAGGGGAAGAUCCAGGCCUGGCUUCUGUUGGACAUGAGUUUGAUGUAUAUCUUAGUGCUCUGGGAUUAGCGCCCAGCAACACGAACACAAGUUUCCAUGGAUACUUCCAGGCUGAUGCUAUGUCUGCUACACAAGUUGGGAUGUCAGAUUCUGGAAUACAGAUGAAUGGGCUAGCUCAAAACCAGACCCAAGAGGCCACGUCUGAGGCUGAGAUGAUACAAGCCGCGCAAUUGGGGAACUGGUUUUCUGGAAAUCAGUACAUGAUGGGGCUUUUGGAGGAGGAUUUGGUUCAGUUUAAUCCGAGCAUUUAA